AUGUCACGAAAUGGUAUCAUGAGGAACCCGGUCCCUCGCAAGGGACCGCCUCAUUGGCGACAUCUAAGCAGAUCAAGUUUGGAUCGCUCCCAAACCGACGUCCCUGCAUCGCCCGCGAGCGUAUCGACUCAUUCCACUAUCAAAGAAGAGAAGCGAACAAGAAUAGAACGCCGAUGCACCGUGACCGUUAACGAGGGCUACGCUAGAGAUGAGGUCCUGCUCAAUUUCGACGUAGUUGGUGGGGACAUAAAGCCGGGAGCUUUGAUGUGUAUAGCGACAGUCAAAGAUGACUUGCGAAAGAUCUCCACCGGCCAUGGCGCCGGUAGCAAGCAGAACCAGGAACAGAGUUAUGGUUCGAAGGGGACUGCGGGCACUCAAAAUGGGGACGGUGCGUGUUUUAAAUACUUCUUUGUCGCAAAAGACAUGCCUCAAGAGACGAAAACGCGGAAUCCCGAUAUUGAGGUCUACGUCUUGAAGCACAUUGCCGAUGCGUUUGGGAUGAAGAAGGGCUCGCAGGUCCUCUUGACGAUGGUGGAUGCGAAGAAUCCAGCUACGGAAGCGUCGCACGUCGAAUUGUCGUUUAAGGAUCAGUACUUGUCCAGAUCAGACAUUUGGAGAAUGACUGUUGGUGAGUUGACGGGAAGAACUGUCUACAAAGGCCAAUUGGUGUUGUUUAUGGGUACAAUCAAGGCGCAAGUCACUGCAAUCUAUGUCGAUGGCCGCAGAACGCACUCUGCCUUUUUCACCCGGGAUACUCGGCCCAUCUUCCGCAGUGAAUCCGCCAGAUACGUCCUAUUCAUUCAAAUGGCCAGAGAGAUGUGGGAAUUCGACGCCGAAAGCUCUGGCGAGAUCAUGUUUAACAAGGUUGUCAACGGCUUUCUCCCCGCGCUGUUCAAGAGAUGGGCCAUGCUCAAGGCUAAACACCUCGUGAGCAUCGUCCUUUUUGCGCGCGUGGAAUAUGACACCGGAUUGACAGCCGAGUUUGACAACCUGUUGGGGGACUAUUAUACAGGCAUUCAGCCAUCUGGGCCGCGUCGACCAUACAAAGACUUCUAUCGAGUUGUGGUCAGUGAGAUGGGCAGCGGAGAGUGGACAAAGAUCCUGCAUCAGCUCAAGGUGGAGUUCAACUUCUUCCGUCGGGAUAUUAGCCUGCACCAUCAUAAACUCAAUGCUCAAGCAGAAAUUGAUGGUCGAGGUUCCAUUCCUACGGAUACACCUUCAACUCGUGUCAAGGCUGAAUCAACAUAUGCCAUGUAUGGCAAUGUUCUCGAGGCGAUCAACCUCGCUUCGUCCCAAUUCGCCCAUGAUCAUAUCGACAGGGAUCUCACCAGAACUGGAAUUUCCAUCGCAGUCAUCAGCCCUGGCUCUGGAGUUUUUGAGGUAGACUACGAGACGCUGCGGAGGACAACAGAGGCAUUGGUUGGAAAUGGUAUUGGUAUUGAUCUAAUAUGCAUGCCUAAGAUGCCUCUCCAUUCAGUUCCCCUAUUCAAAUACCGCAAUCCGCAGUAUUCGGAUGAUCAUGGCCAUGCUCAUCGUUCCAGCUUCUCAAGGUCGUUCCACAGCCGGGAUAGCACGCCUAAUCAUCCUACACCAGUGAUCGGUAGCUAUCAAUCUCUCGGCGAAUCUUUCUCACCUUCGAAGGGAAUGAGCCUUUCUCGUCGUUCAGAUCCUCUCAUGUCUAUGGCAACAAGUGAGCAGUGGUGCUUUGCAUUGCCUCAAUGGCUUCAUGUCUCUUUCUGGACCGGCGCAUCCGACGAGGCCUUGUCCUAUGAAGGCAUUGCCCUAUCUGUCUCCAACAAAGUCAUGCAAGAUGACGAAGACGAGUUCAACAUUAGAUGCCGCAUGUAUGCAUUGCAGAUGAGAAGUGUCCUUGAAACCAACGAAAUUGAAACAACACCUUUGCAAGUUGACACACAUUUCCCGGCCAACAUCACCGAACCGCCAUCCUCGCAGAAGUAUCGAAAUACUGGGAUCAAUGACACUGUCUACAUUCCUAACAAGCGCCCCCCGGAGGGUUUAUUAGAUCACAUUCAUGGAUUUCAAAGAUUUGUUCCAGAUAGACUUGCACGCCCUGGUGAAAAGUCAUUGUGGAAACAGCUGCAAGAGUUUGAUGACCAUAGGGCCAAAAUCUCAAGUAGUCGCAGUCGACAUCAUUCGUCACGAUAUGCAAAAGAUUUGGAUGAGAUCACGAGAAGACAGUUGGCAGAGGACUCUGGUCUAUACGGAACUUCUCUCCCAGAGAAAAAGGCACCGGUUCUUGGCCCUUCGGCACGGAAGUUGUCGAUGAACAUCAUGGACGGCGAGAAACCAUCGCCUACAAGCUUGAAAAAGAGCGCUGAGCCGCCUGCUCCAAAGCCCCCAAAGACAGUUGCAAAGCAACCCAAGCUAAUGAGGCAGAUUAGCCUCGGACAGCGAGGAUUUGGCAUCGCUGCUCCAAAGGCGGUAGUUGCAGAGAUCAGGGCCGAGACAGUCAACGCCUCAGGCGUUACGUCUGGCGAAGCAAAACAACCGUCAACCCCUCGAAUCCGCCCAGAACUACGGCCAAGCUCGCCUCAAACAAUUGCAAGCCACCCAUCGUCAUUGUCUGUACAUAAAUAUCGAACAGACACCCCUGACGCCAUCAUCGAAGGGGUGCCCAUGACUCCUAGCAUUCCCAUUCUCAAGAGAAAUAAUUCUGGAAACCUCGAUAUUGCUACGAUGCAGCUGAGGACCGCCUCAUCAACGAUAGGUUCGUCGUUGAAUAGUCGGCAGCAAAAGAGGGAGGACGAUCGUGAUCUUAGGUCUUCGGAUGCCCUUCGCGCUGAUGACGCCCAGAAACUCUACACCAACAAGCUACGUGCGGGUGCGUUGGGCGGUGCUGUUCAAGACCUCCCAACAACUCUGUCACCCACCACUUCCAUUACCCCGUGGUUGACACUGCUGAAUCCAUCGAACCCGGAAAGCCUUGCGAUCGACGAUACUGUCUUGUAUAGCCGAUGGCAGCAUGUUUAUCCACAAAUCGGUCAGAUGAAGGUCCAGAAAUGGAAAGCUCUUUGUUGCCCUGCUUCUGUACCCUUGACAACCGAGUAUUUCCCCUCCAAGACUCAGUUUGAUAGCGAGUAUCAUCGCCAUCCGUACACUGUUGAGCAAGAUACAGAUGACGACAUGGUCGAGGAGCCCAAAUCUCGGCAAGACUUUAUUCAAGAAUUGAUAAGCUUGAGAUUCACUCAGGGCUUCCAAGUUGUCGUAGGACCAUGGGUUGCCCGUGCAUUUGGACAAAACUCGAUCAAGAUCGGUGACAUUUUCUCGAGAGACCAACCUCUUGAAGAUGGCACGAGUAUUUUCAUGUCUGUGGGCAACAGCAUUCACCAACUUUCGUGCGUUAAUGGCACAGAAGUCGAGGUGAACAUCUUUGUACGAAAGCCAACUGACACUUCGCUCACCUCUCAAGGCUUCUCGCCGAUCUACAAACCUGCCAUUCGAACUCUUCUCGAUGAUGCAUAUGAGGCACGGGAAAUCGACCUCCUUACCGCUCGUCCUGAGCGUAAUUGGAACAUGAUUGAUUCAUACAUUGCUGGGCAUCACGACGAAAUGAUGGACAGUCUGCGCUUUUGGCGUGCAAGAUUUGUUCUUAUCCCUGUCUUGCGGAAAGAUGUCCCCGUAUCAAAAACGCAGGGUGGUGACCAUGCUGAAGAGGUGCGAAUUGAAGGUAUCAAGCGUCUUGCUCAAUCCUGGCAGAAGCAUCGCUACAUCCCUCCCUCUGAACGAAGAUAUCAUUCUGUCGGGCAGCAGAAACGCAAAAGGGACCCCAACCCCCUAGAUAUCGUAUACAAAACCGAUGACCCCUCCGUGGUGAUUGCUGCUGAAGUCGAAACGCUUCCUCUCACGGAAGGGUUGGAGGGUGGCAAUCGAAAGGGGCUUGUCUCGGCCAAGGAGCGCUUUAAGAAAUCCAACCUAAACUUGGCCACGUUAGCUGAUGCUAUGCAACAGCCUGUUGAGAAUGGAGGCGUUAGACUACAGAACCGAAGGUGGCAUCUCCGCCUCUACUCUGCGUCCUUCAUCGGCUCUGAUAUGGUGACUUGGCUGCUCGACAACUUUGAGGAUCUCGAUACUAGAGAAGAUGCUGAGGCACUGGGUAAUGCUCUAAUGGUACACGAUGAUGGAAAAUCGGGUAAUUCUAAGGACAAGGGGCUUUUUGUUCACGUCGACAAGAGACAUCAGUUCCGCGAUGGCAACUACUACUACCAAAUUGCCAGUGAGUUUGCCAAACCUCAUGUAGGAUGGUUCAACUCGCGACGAGCUGCAGUGCCCCCAACGCCGAGUCUCGAAGCCUCCAGCCGAGACUCACCUCGAGCUCUGAUGUCGGCUCGUUCCGUUGACGAAGGCGGUUCUCCUGCGUCAACAUCGACGACCCCAACUAUAUCGCUUUCUCAAAGCGUGAAACGAUCCAGAGUUGUUCUUAGCAAAGUCAUCAAGUACGAUGUUGACCACCGCAAGCGAUCAUAUAGGCCAGAGAGGAUCGACUUGCAUUAUGACCGCCUCCACAAUCCUGACGGUUGUUACCAUAUCCGCAUUGACUGGAUGAACGUCACGACAAAACUGGUGGAAGACGCAGUUGAAAGUUGGGCCCGAGAGGCCAGUCAAUAUGGCCUUCGACUUGUUGAAGUCCCCAUUAAGGAGGCAUGCACAAUCACUGAAACAAAUCCAUUCAGAAGGCCAUAUCGCAUCAAGCUGGCAGCGCGUCCUCCUGAUCAGAGGCCUGAGACGUAUAUUGACCCUAACUCACAGGGUCCAACGACGUCCCCAAAUAAGCACUUUUACCAAACUGCCAUCCUGAAGAAGUUCGACUUCGUUUUGGAUAUGGAGGCAGCCUCUAACUUCCCGAGUAAUGUCGAUGUGACCUAUUCUUGGGGCAAGCCGGAUUAUAAAUACACCCAGUAUAUCCAUCGCAGCGGCUCUCUGUUGGCAGAGAUUACAGACGAGGGUGACUUCUUGAUUCUCGCCAAUCGUUUGUACAGCAGUCGAUCUGCGAACCCGCGCGAGAAAGAAGUUCGUUCAGCUGACCCGCCCCUGGUAGAACGGGGUGGUCGUAUGUCAUCGUAUGGCCCUUAUUCUACCUUUGGAAUGACAGAGUCAGCAACUCUUGCAUCUCCGGUUGUCAAACCAACACACUUUUACCACUCACCAGCCCUGAAACCAGUUGAUCAGAAUAACAAAGCAGUGUCCUCUACGACCCCUGAUCCUGAUGCCCUCAACGCCGAGAUAGACGCGUUUUGCAAGGAUACGUCUGCGCUCGAGGAGUUCUACAAAGAAGCCAUGGAGAAGGGGCAAAAGGUUCAGGGUACGCCUGCAACAGCGGCGGCCUCGACACCUCUGGAGGCCGUGCCUGAAGCAAGUAUUCCCACUUUGGGACUGCCACCUGGUGUUCUGGGAGGAAAUGACGGAGCACCGACUAAGCGACUUAAUAGUCCAAUGUCGUUUCUACGAAGGAGUAGUGUUCAGUAUGACAGUGGAUCGAGCCUGACUGGGCGAUGA